AUGAGUACUUGUGAGAGACACAUCAAAUGUGCGGUAGCGGGAGAUUCACUUGCUUCUCCAGAGAUUUUAGUACACUGCAUGCGUUCAGAAUGGAAGAGGCAAGAUGUGAUGAUCUCUAGUGAAUCCCCAUUUAGUUUUUCACUUAAAUCUUCAAGAAAUUUGAAUGAAAGUAUGAUGGUUCAUUUUUCUUUUCAAAUUCUAACAUCACCGCCACAGACACUCGUUACUGGAAGCGAUAUAUUAAUUCUCGUCUUUUCCCCUGCUCAUCCACUCUCAUUUUUGCAUUUAUGGGAAGUCUGGUGGCCUCUCUUCUCUCACCUUCGGCAAUUACCCUAUCUCAUUGUUGCAAAUAAUAUGGAACUUCUAGUGACUCCACAGGUGCAGCAGUAUAUGCAUAAAUAUAAUAUACAUCCUAUAUUAUUUGAAGAGGUCCUACAAGCACUAAAUGCUGCAAUGGUGUCUCAUAAUAACUUUUACCCUAUAUCACGAAUUAAUAUGAAAGAUUUAUUACUUCAAGAUUCUUCUUCCGUAUCCAAUACCUCUCUAAGUUAUUUAUGUGAUGCUUUAUUGUGUACCUCUUGUUCCCAGUCUGUUCAUGUUGAAGUACCAUUGCAGUCUCGAUGGGAAAUGGCACUGGAGGAGGGAGUUGCCCAUCAACUUAUGAUACAAUUACUGGAUGAAUGGAUUGUAGUUACAUCUCCACUCUUACAUCACGUCUUUUACGCCAAUCGAAGGACAAAAGAGGUGACAACCAUAAAACCGGUAGAGUUAUCAAAUACUACAAUGGGGACACCUAGAAAAGAGAAGAUACACAGUAAAGCUUUGGUACCACAAGCAAACUGUCAAAAACACUUAUUGGGAGAUAGGCUUGCAAAGAAUUCAACUCCACCUAAAGAAUACCUAAAAAAUCUUGAGGAAGUUGUAGGAGCUUUACGAAAAAAGAGAUCAGAACUAAAAAAUAUUGAGGAUCAUGUGCAAUAUCUUCGUAAAGGUGUGAUUGAAUUAAAGCAACAGAUAUUAGUACUACAAUCAAGAAUUGAUAACUCGAAAAAUGAUAUUGUCUCUAUAGUAUCAAACCAAGAGGCACUUAAGAAAGAGUUUCACUCUCUGCAAGAACAAUGUGACCAGAUUGGAACGAUUAACGAAUUAACUCUUUCUACACUCUCAGAGGAAACUGAUGAGCUUCGAAAAAGGUAUCUAAACGUCUGGCAUGAUAAUCGAAAGACAAGAGAAAAAAUAGCAAGACUACAUGAGAAGGUUCAUGAUGCACAGGAAAAAGUAAAAAUCCAACAAUAUCAAUUACAAAAUCAAGUAGAAUCCAAGCUAUCUCUACUACGAAGUAGAUUUGUUACACAUUACACUGAAAUCGACGAGUUGGAGCAGAAGUCUCUCCUCUUGUAUCGAUGGCAAGCUCUUCGUGGACGACGGACAGUUUUUCCGCAAGAUACCAGUGAAAAAUACAAAACAAGACCUACAUAUAUUUCACAAGAAUGGUUUUCUUUCUUGAGAGGACUUUCUCAAGCGUUGAUAAGUACAGUAGAACCUCUCUUGUCUGCGAGUGAAAAACUUCGUAUAUUCUAUGAGACACAUUUGGUCUACCAAAGGUCAUUUUUGCGAACAGUAACGACAUUACAAGAGGGAUUGCAUCGCACAGAAAUGCUUCAACGACGACGAAUAGCGGUGGAGCAGACACUGGAGUUUGCAAGUUGCAUCUUGGAUGAUUUUCUACUCCCCGUACAGCGGCACGGCCGGUGCCUGGGACAGCGUGUGGCGACGCGUCUGCAGCUGCUUCCAUUGGAGUGA